ACGACAGCAGAGACUUCCCGGAGGAAACAAAUCUCAACAGCACACGGAUCAUCAGCAAGGUGGCACCAAACACAACCGGGAACACCAGAAGCUCUACCAGGGAGGCCAGGCACCUCACUCCUCAGGCCGGACUGGCCACCACGGCUACAGCCAGAACCGGAGAUGGCACCACAACCAGAAGCACUCACCCAACGACAAAGAAACGCACAGAAACGCCAAAGAGACUGAAAAUUUGAAAAUCGAGGACACCUCCAUCUGCACAGUGCAUAUUCCUUUAGAGACCCACCGGGGCCCAGAGACUGUGGAGAAGCAGUCUCAGCAGUACAUCCAGGAGUCGGAAACCAAGCGGAAAGACAGUAUUCAUGAGCGCAUUGGGGAAAGGCCCAAGAUCAAUUUGCUUCAGUCUUCCAAAGACAGACUGCGGAGGAGACUAAAAGAAAAGAUGCCUUGUCUCUCCCUUUUCACGGACCAGGAUGAAGUCACAGUGGAAACCACCAAUCCCCAAAAGAACAAAAUGGACAAAUUAAUUGAAAUCCUCAACAGCAUGAGGAACAACAGCAGCGAUGUUGACUCCAAGCUCACCACAUUCAUGGAGGAGGCCCAGAACUCCACCAACUCUGAGGAGAUGCUGGGUGAGAUUGUCAAGACCAUCUAUCAGAAAGCAGUGACGGACCGCAGCUUUGCUUCCACAGCUGCCAAGCUCUGUGACAAAAUGGCCCUCUUCAUGGUGGAAGGAACCAAAUUCCGGAGCCUGCUCCUCAACAUGUUACAGAAGGAUUUCACCAUGCGGGAGGAGUUGCAGCAGCGGGACGUGGAGCGCUGGCUGGGCUUCAUCACCUUCCUCUGCGAAGUCUUCGGCACCAUGAGGAGCAGCACUGGAGAGCCCUUUCGAGUCCUUGUCUGUCCCAUUUAUACCUGCCUCAGGGAGUUGUUGCAAUCUCAGGACGUGAAGGAAGACGCUGUCCUUUGCUGCUCCAUGGAGCUGCAAAGCACCGGGCGGCUGCUGGAGGAGCAGCUGCCCGAGAUGAUGACGGAGCUGCUGGCCAUCGCCCGCGACAAGAUGCUGUGCCCCUCGGAGUCCAUGCUGACGCGCUCGCUGCUGCUGGAGGUCAUCGAGCUGCACGCCAACACCUGGAACCCGCUGACGCCCACCAUCACACAGUACUACAACAAGACCAUCCAAAAACUGACAGCCUGAGGCGGCCGGUGAGGGCGGGCGG